GGAUUGGAAGGCGUGGCCGCGGGAGGAACAAAAAGCAGAAAGUAUAUAUAACUGUGCUGAUAUAGAAAUAUCUCCAAAAUGGAACUAUGCCUUUGGAGGUGGUGGUGGAACUGCAGAUCCGGGCGAUUUCUUGCCCAGGGGUGUGCCUUCCUGGCAAGCAAGAUGUGUUCCUUGGGGUUUACCUCCUGAAUCAGUACCUCGAGACACAGUGCUUUCCUUCCGUGUUCCCUAUUAUGAUUCAGCGGAGCAUGAGGUUUGAAAAGGUAUUUGAAAAUGCAAUAGAUCCUGGAGCUGUAGCAGACAUUUUAGAAAGCUUUCUAACAAGGUUUGAGUUAAUACAGCUAGUGCCUCCAGCGUGGGAAGAGUUGGCCUACUAUGAAGAAAACACACGGGACUUUCUCUUCCCUGAACCCAGGCUGACACCUUCUCAACCUGGGAUGUGUAGGGAGGUGCUCAUGAAGACAGUUGAAGGUUUUCCGGGCAUUGCUCCCAAAAUAGAGUUUUCUACGAGGACAGCCAUCAGAGAACGUGUGUUUCUGCAUAGAAACAGAUUUCUUGAAGAAAGAUGUAAGUCACGAAGGCCUUUAUCUACAUCAAAUGGACCAAAAUUCCCCUUAAGUAGUAUAAAGAUGAAAUCAAGGGAGAGUAAUCUCGACAGACUGCCCCAAGGCAUGCAGUCCCGGCCGCCCUCUCCAUACUUCACCAGGCGUUUCUUUCAGGACCAGUCAGCUCAACUGGAUCUUGGAGAUAGUUUCAAAAUACCCAGAGAAAGCAAACCUCCAUUUGUAGUAAGACACGUGGACAGUGCAAAGCCCUUUGGUGAGAACAGUUCAGAGCAUCAUUCCCAGAAGUCUAGAAGAAAAUCUGACUUUUCAAACUUUCCAUUUCCAGUGAGAAGAGCUUCUUCUCUUGACAGCCUUGCAGCUAACGUAAAGGUUAUCAAAGAGCCAGAUGAACGGAUAGUUUUAAGGAAUGAAUCACCAUCAUCGUUAGAUUCAAGUAAAUUUGAAAAGCCCUCGGCCAGUUACAGUAACCAAGGGGAUGCCGAUUUCCACCGGGAAACUUCAUUUGGCACCUCCCAGCACUCCAGGUUCCACCCUGGGUCCCAGUCCACGUGGAAGAAGAUCCACGAAAGGGUCUGCAGUCGUCUGAUGUCCCACAGAUCUCAGCAACACCUAAACAAGGAAGACUCCAUCUCUGAAGUAAAGAAUAUCCUUGAAAGACCAAGCUACCCUCUGAAGAAAUAUCCGGUGCAUGAACAGAGAUAUUUUUAAACUGCUGUCCUAUGGGAGACGGAAUGAAAGCUGGAGGAGCAUCAUGAAGAGCUCACUCAUCAAGCCAACUGAACAACAGUUUUUGUUCUGCGUAUCAAAUCACCAGUGUCUAACCCCCUUUAAAUCAAACCUGUACCCACCCAGUCUUUUGUACCCAGGUAAGAGUCAUUGAUUAAAGUGUUUGCUGUUUGAGGCUCAAGUUUUCUUGUCAAGCUGGAAAAUUUGUGUUUUAGUUUGUUUGUGUGUUUGUUUUGAGCUUGAAAACGAAAAUAAUAAUUGGGUGGCAGGUGCUUUUUCAUUUGGAAAGCACUUCUUAAAAUUCUGAUGAAAAUGUCAAGAUGCCUUUUCAGGUGUUCCUCAUUUUUGGCAGUGGAUGUGUUCUUGGAAAGUUCUUUUCUUUCCCUCCUUCCUCAUUUUUUCCUCCUUCCCGCUUGUCCUCACCCCUCCCCCACCUCUACCUAUUUCCCUUCCCUUCCCUUCCUUUUCCUUCCCAACCUUUCCUGUCCCUUCCCGUUCCUUCCCUUUCCUCUUACAUUUUCCAUGAGCUCGAGGAAGCUGCUAUCUAGAGGAAUAAACUGAUACAUCCUCUAGAAAAAGACUGUCACCCUGAUUUUCCAUUUUUGGUAAAUCUGUUUUUUUGUGGUUGUUUGUUUGCUUUUUAGUGUUAGGCUUGAUUUACAUGAUAUCAACUGAAAACCUAGGAAGAGGGAGCAUUACUUCUGGAGAAUUCAGGUCUUGCUUUAAAGGUUUAAUUUCUAUGAUACAUUUGUAAGAGUAGGCUAAUUUCUUUUGAUUGUAGUUUAAACCACUCCUUCUGUCACC